CUUCUGCCCCGUUCCAUUCCAUCUGUGUGUCUCCCCUUCUUUCUUAUUUAUAAAAUACUUCAACUAACAAGCAGAUGAAAUCUCCUUGACGUCCUAUCACUGGAGCUUCCGUUACUUUCAAUAUGGUUGAUCAUUCCACCAGUGGCUCUUUACAAAGGCAGUCUGGACAACAGCACCAUCACCCAUCUUAUCAAUACCGUCAGCAUUAUCACCAGGACAUUCACGGCCCGCUCUCAGCGAGCAUUGUUGAAGGUGGUCAUCGUCCUUUUGCUGGGUUUCAUGGGGGCCCACUCCACCGCCCUUUGCAUCCCGCUUCCUCUAACUCAAUCUCCUCAACGCUGGCUGUUACACCAUUAUCCUCCACAUCUACUUCUAAUGACCCUUCACGGCCCAACAUAUCUGUUUCUGACAUUCUAGAGCGCUACCAUGAUGCCAGCAAAGAGUUUUUAAUUUCAGUGUUGAAUGCCAAGGCAAAAGAGGACGAGCGUAAGGCAGAAGAGGAGCGAUACAAGACAGAAAGAAUUAUCCUUCAGACGAAACAGAUCGAAUUGGAUCUGGCUGUUGAGAAGCGUUGUGGAUCCCCUCCAGCAGCUCGUCCUUACCAUGCAUCAGCAUCAGCGUCCUCAGGACAUUAUCCGUCGACGACUUCAUAUUAUGGUAGUAAUAACAAUUCGCUAUAUGGUUCAGUAGGAAACAAUCGCCCACAUUCGACAGGAAAUAGUGUUACCAAGCACUCGCAUCAGGACCAUGUCACCGCUCAUCCAGCUCAGGAACCUCUAGAUCAUAUUUCACAACCAACGCAUCAGAGCGCUGCUCAGUAUUCGCGCCACGACCUCCGCGCAAUGCAACCUAGUCCUCAGAGCCGCCCACCAUCCCUCAAGAUCAAUACCUCAGUACAGCAGUAUCAUUCACCAUCUCAACACCCUUCCCAGCCUCAGUCGCAGUUACAGUCAUCUUCUCAGCGUCAACCCUCUUCUCCACGUUCAACUUUGCCUCCGAUCCACACUGGAAACCCGUCUUCCAAGGCAUCAUCUUCAGGACGCCAUUAUGGUCUUCCAUCCAUUAAUUCGUCCGCUCAGUCAUCUCCAGUUGCUAUAAUGGAUCAUCAAUCUCAUGUUCUACCGCCUCUAACUCCUAAGGAUGAGCAUGAAUCUCCUACUUCGACACUUUCGCCUACAUCGCACCUAAAGAGGAAAUCGGUCAAUCACGAUGCAGUCAUGGACGCUGUCCGAGCAAAAGUAUUCAGAAAUGCCUCAGGCCAAAAUCAACAGCAGCAACAAAAAAAAGUAGUUGCGGCUGAAUCAGAGCGUGAGAAUGCUAUCCGUCGGAAAACGACCUAUGUAGAAAAAGCAACUGAAACACAGAAAGCUUCAGGUAAUGCUGAACAGAGGUUGGAUGAAAGAUUUACUGAGAUCAAAGUAGAGGGGCCAUCACAUUCAACUCUUCCUUUGGUAGCUUCUUCACCCAAUUCGCCAUCCUUUGGGAACAGCCUAACCCUGGGAACGGCGGCAUCUAUAGCGACAGUAUUAGAAAGCUAUGGCUCAGAUAGUCGUUCUGGAUCUCCGCCAGCUCCUAAGCUGCAUCACAGCGUUAGUAAGCUUCAAUCGCUACAGCUCUCGCAAGUAGCGACCACUACAUCCGACAUGACUGAAGGAACAGAAUAGCUUCCGUGAAUGUAUUCUUUUUAUAAUGAAAUCUACUCUUUUUUAUGUCGGUGAGGUCACCAAAGCCCUUAAAUUUUGGAUCACACCGAAGGCUUGCUCUGGUUGAAUAUAACUGGAACCAUCGCUCAAAAUCAUUAAGGUCAAUUUGCGUCGGAUCAUCCUUUUUCGUACUCCAUGAAGAUCCUGCAAUUGGGCUUGUGCUGAACAACUCCAAAAGAUCGCCACCCAUCUCCAUUUUAGCUGCUUCAAUCUGGUUUGCAAUCUGUCCUUGAUUCUGUGGUGGAAAUCCUAUUCUACUAUUUGCUCGAGGUCCUGUAACGGUC